AUGCCGCUCGAAGUUUCAUACGAGUGGGUUCAGCCGCAUUUUGGCGGUGAGGUAGUGGCAUGGGUGAUGGAUGAUCACACGGUUCCGGUGAGGAGGAUUAAGGAAGGGCAUUUGGAGCUGCGGUGCGUAGAUGCGACCAGGCCUUGGGAAAAUGGAGUUUCUGGGCUCCAGUCGAAUGGUAUCCCUGAGAAUCCCAAGGGACACCAUGGGGAUAAGGCAAAUGGAGGCCGUCACGUCAUGGACAGCUCGGCCCUCGAGCCUUUCCUGCGGGUUAAGCGAUUUGAACGGGAUUCUCUUGCCAGGAAAGACCCCGAAGAAGUGCGGACAAUGUUGAGCAAGCUGUUUUGA